AGAGUUUCAUACAAUGGCAUUUUUUAAAACCACCAUCAAAGUUAGAAAUGCUUUGCAGGUCUGUCUUACUAUGAUCUUUAAUUCUUAUCACACAAUUCUUCAAUAAGCUGUUCCGUGGAUCGGGGGGUUUUUGAAAUUUUUGUGAAGCUACACCCCACUCUUGAUUUCAAAACAUAUCCCCCACCCCCAUCUUGAUUUCAAGAUAUAUUUCCCCAUGAUUGAAAAUGCUAAGAAUUUUAAUUUUUAAGAUUAUUUUCCGGGUCUUUCCUUACUCUUUAAACUUCCUCAAGCAAUGUGAGCAUCCCUGAUUCAGAACCCCUGCUGUAGAUAAUUUCUUACUUUACAAUUAAUAUUUCAGAACAAACUAGCUUUCAGUAAACUAUUCUCUAGAAUAUCUCACUAUAACAUUUAGUCCACUAGCCUUCAGUAAACUAUUCUAUAGAAUCUCUCACUGUGAUAUUUAGUCUACUAGUCUUCAGUAAACUAUUCUAUAGAAUAACAUCUCACUAUGACAUUUAGUCCACUAGCCUUCAGUAAACUAUUCUAUAGAAUCUCUCACUGUGAUAUUUAGUCUACUUGUCUUCAGUAAACUAUUCUAUAGAGUAACAUCUCACUUUAUUACUCUCCACCGUAGCAUGAGAUGAUACCAAACCUCUCCAGAGACCAAGAGGCACUGCUUAUUAAUCUAUUCCGUCCAAUCAUAUUGGCUCAACCGUUGGCUUUUGACAAAGGUAUGUGUUUCUAGGCCACAGUUACUAAUUAUAGUUGUGAGUUUAAUUAGUUCUCGUUAUUCUCAAUAUUUAACAGGAAUAGAACAGGUAUCAAGAGAGUGAAUCAGUGUAAUUAAAUUUUUUUUAUUCAGCAUUUUUAAUAGUUUCUCUCUUUGAAUUAGUUUGCCUUGAUUGUUAUAAAGUUUAAGAGAUGAAUGUCUCUGAGAUCGUAAGUAGCAUCCUUAUAGCAUUCAACUAAAAUGAAUGUACAUACCACUGUUUAAAUUUACUUGUUACUUUAUUGUUGAUCCAGCUGUGUUGGUUUGGCUCAACUACAAAAAUGCCUAUGAGUAUUGGACAGAACAGAGAAUGGCACUAAACAAAGAGGUGGGUUUGGAUCAAUGGCUUUAGCUACUUGUUUAUUUGGUUGCGGAAAAUUUGGUGGAAGGACAAAAUUUUUAAACGAAAAGCAUGCAAAUAUUUUUAAAAUAUUGUUAUUAUUCAGCCUAUUAUAUUUUUUAAAAAUAUUCUUCUUCUAUAUUUCUUCUAUAUUUGAGGGCCUACCAUUAAUGAAUUGAUUAUUCUGUUAACAUUCACCUAUUCCAUUAAUUAAAUUAUUUUCAUUAUUCAACCUAUUCCAUUUAUUAAAUUAUUUUCAUUAUUCAGCCUAUUCCAUUUAUUUAAAUAUUUGUAGAACUUUGUAUGAUUCUAGUCCAUUUCUUUGUGGCUCUCAGUGCCUUCUUGGUCAUAUGUAUUUUAAGGUUCUGACCGCAACACGCCAGGUGAUGGACAAGUUGCCCCACAUUGCCCCGACUACAGCCCCCUCCAUCACAACAUUGUUCCUGCAGCUGACUGUUGAUGACAUGGGCAUUUGUGUACCAUUAUUGUCAUCACCAUAUCAGGUAAUAUGUAAAUCAUAAUAAGCUUGAUAUCUUUUAUGCUUAUUAAAAACUCUUUAAUAUACUUAACAUACCAGCAAAGUAUUGUAAAAGUUUCUCAUGUUAUAAAAACUCAUUCCAUUUCAGCUGAAAUAAAAACUAGAUCCUAUUUUUGUUGUCCUCAGCCAAUUCCCAACCCUGGGCCAGGCCUACAGUCUCCCAGAGUGGCUGAAGCAGACCAGGGAUCGGCUCUGGUGUUAACUGUGGAAAGCACACAAAUAUCUGCUUGUUCCUCUGGCUCUCUGGUCAGCAAGGGCAAGUUUAAAAGUCAGUGUACUUUAAACCUCAACAUUUUGACCUCUUCUCCCUAGAAAUUUAAAACAGUUUUGUAAAUCCAAUCACUUCAUAGCAUUUCCUUUUUCUAUAAUCAAAAAAUUCGACCAAUUGAUAAGUUGUAUAAUGCAAAAGCUAUAUUUUAAUGAGAUUGAUUGAGCACCCAGACAUUCAAUUUUCCAGACUUCUGCCUGCGGUUUGCUGAUGACUUUGGAUCAUCCUGGGAUGACUGGAAACCCUGGCCAACAGAUAAUGGAACUGUAAUGAACCAGUGCAACGUUCCGUCUGGGACCUACGAAGUCUGUUCUAGGACUAUCAACAAACAAGGUGAGGCUGGCAUAGUAUCUGAGACUGUUGAACAAGACAUCUCAAAUGAUCAGAGGUUAUCGGUGGUAACUUUCAAAGGAGAUAGCAAUGCAUCAAUAUGUUUAUAUGUAUAUCAAUCAAUUAUUAUGGAAUUGAUUUUUUUUAAAUCCUGAAAGCAAACACAUUUUGUGAAGCUGAUUUUGUAGUUUCCUUCACCAGAUACAAACAGUGGAAAUGCAAAGUGGAUUCUGAACGUCCAGUGGGACAUGAAGGGCAUCGACGUCCACCUGGACACUGAUAUUGGAAAGAGGUUCACCCUGCUGGGUCACACACUGACGUUGUUGGCCGGAGACUCCGAUGAUGGCAUAGACAGCACACAUCCUGUCAAACUUGGAGAUGAUGUUGACGGAGAUUUUGAUGAGGAUGAUGACGAUGCAGUCGAUUUGAGUAGUCCGGACACUCAGGAGAACAGUGAGGAGGUAAAAGCAUGUCAUAAUUAUUUGGACCAAUCGAUGAUUAUUUUAUCCUUAAUAAUCUUUCUGAAGGUUUUUUUGUUGUUAAAUUAUUUUUUCCGAAAUUGUUCAAACUCUAUAUAUCCUUGUGCUUGUCAGUCAAUAUGAAUUGAUUACGACAUGAAGGGAAAAAAUCACUGAACUCAUUGCUGGGUUAAUCUUUGAAAUGAAAUUUUACCCUGUUAAAUAAUCUGCAAAGUAAUCAGUAUUUCAGUGACUAAGGGAAUAAACACAAAAAUAACAUGUGAAUUUCUUUCUCAUUUAAGCCUAAUCUACGCUACACAAAAGUUACAUGUGAAUUAAAAGCUAAUAUACAACCGACACACAUCUCUAACAGCAGAUAAGUCCAGUGUCAGACAUCCAGUUUAUCCUCCAUUUUACCAUCUCUAGGAUUUACAGCUGAAAAGGCGCACAAGUCUGGCGUCAGACAUCUUACCAGAGGAAAUCUUCUCCGACAACUUUGACCCCAAAGAGAGAGCAAGAAAGAUAGAGAGAGAGAUGAAUGAACAAGCCAAGAUUGUCCAAGAGCUCAAGUAAAGUGUUGAUGGAUUAAUAUUUGUUUAGAAUUGUGACCGUUAAAGGCUAUAGCUAAAUGUCGUGAGCCUCACCUGGGACUGAAUAACCAAGUCAUUUAUCCUAAUGGCAGCCAAUGGGAUGUUUAUCCUGCUCUCCUUUGAAUUUUUAAAAUUACAUGCUAAAGCCAAUGUCUUCCCUCAUAGGGGAGUUUAUUCGUUUUUCUAUUCUGUUCAUUAAAUAUCAAAUCACAGUGAUGCAUGCAAUAUUUAUGUCUCUUAUAUAUCUGUUCUAGAGACCGACCAAAAGGGAUUUUCUGAUUUCGCCCUAAAUUUUUUUGAAAAAAUUAAAACAAAAAUAGUGAUUUAAAUAGUACUAUUCCAUUAGUUUUUCUUCCACAAAACUAUUUACAUUUGACUCGGCUUAAUUUAAAUUUAAUUUUUUGGAAAUAAAGGACAAUUAGGUCAUCAUGCAGCUGUGAGCAGUUUUCACAGAGUAUUAGUCAUAUAAUAUACCAUGACAGCAAGACUUCAAGCAAUAAGGAAUAUCAGAUUGCCGGCCUAGAGACAGACAGUCUGAUUUCUGGUAGAUGGCUGAAAGUCUCAAUCACUUUUGGCAGAAACCGAAAUUAAACCGAAAUUUAACUUUUCUAUUUUGGACGAAACGGAAAGUUAACUUUUCUUUUUUGGCUGAAACCAAAACUUGGCAGAAAUUGAUCAAAUGGCAAAUUUCGGCACCGAAGCUGAAAUUCGGUCAGUCUCUAAUCUGUACUCUAGCUGAUAAAAGUCAUAGAAAAAUUUUUUGUCUGUAAAUACUUGUAAACUUGCUGAUAAAUUAUUUGUUAUAUUUGUUCUUCGUAAGUGUCUCUCCACCAGCUGACAAACUGAUGACUUGUUUAUUCCAGAGAAUGUGGAGCCACUGAGGCAACUAUUGACAUUGAGAGAAAAAAACUGGAAGAUUUACAGACUCUCUUGUUCCAGGAUUUUAGAAGGGAUUUCCUGGAAAUGCUGAAAAGGAAAGGAGACAGGGUGAGAUAAGUGAUUAAAACAUUGAGUUCAAAGUAUAUGUUGUCCCAGUCAUUACUUACAAGGAGAUAAGCUAUGGUAGUAAGUGGUUCUUUUUGUGGCGGAAGAUAUGGCUGAAAGUUUAUUGUAAAUUGUUGUACUAUUUGCCUUUCCAGCAAAACAGUAGAAAAAAACUUGUGUUAUUUUUUUUUCUCUCAUAAUUUCCAGGCAAGUUUGAUUAAAGAUAAAUUAGGACUAAGCUCAAGACCCUUAUCUCACCUAAGAUCCAAAUCUGCUGGGCCAAGACGUCUUGCCAAGUAGGUUUUUUAUACUGCACACCAUUCUAGCUUCUUGUCAACUCAUGCAAAGCUCUGCUAAUAUUCUGGAAAUAAGUACCCAUUCUGAAGAGGUCAAUUAAUCAAGAAAUGUAUUUUCUUCAUCUUCAAAUGUGUAAAAGAAAAAGAAAAAGAGAAUGAUAUCGACAAAACUAUGAAAGUUAUUUAUUGAUAUACUAAGAGUUUUAAGAUAUCGAGUAUUUUCAGGAAUCUCAUUAUUUUUUGGAUAUCGUAUAAAUUAACAACAGAAUGAAAAGGAAAAAAAGCAUGUAUUUAUUCUCUGACCAGGUCACACUCGGAUCGACAUACUGUCACAGAAGCAGAUUUAACAAAGAACAGGCGGCAGUCUGAAGACCUCAGCAGAAUCCCAAAAGUUUCCUUCUCUGGGUCUCAUUUAAACACCUACACACCUCCCAGGUGAGCAAGAUGAUAAAGAAUUAUUUAGUGAACCAAUUUGUCCAAACCUUAAGAUUUUAUAAUUUGACAGAAAAUUUGACAGAAAAUUUUGACUUCAGUGUGAGAUUAUUUAUCGGGAUAUUAUUUAAGUUUCUGAUGUAAAUGUUUGCAUUUUUAGCACUCCCGGACAUUACUCUAGCCCUAUUUGCAUUUCUAGCACUCCCAGACAUUACUCUAGCUAUGUUUGUAUUUCUAGCACUCCCGGACAUUACUCUAGCUAUGUUUGUAUUUCUAGCACUCCCGGACAUUACUCUAGCUAUGUGUCUGACGAUGAGGAUGAUGAAGACAGUGAUCCAUUCUUUCAAGGAAAACAUAGGUCAAGGUCACUUGAGGCCAUUCAAAGUUCUGGAUCAGAGUCACAACCCGAUGAGGGUAUACCAUACAAGAGGUAUAGAUGUUCAAUUAUGGCAGAGUAUACCAUACAAGUUAAACUCAUGAGAGGGUAUACUAUAACAGGUUAAGGGAGGGUAUACUAUGCAAGUUAAACUUAUGAGAAGUAUACUAUACCAAGAGGUAUAUAACUUAAACUCAUUGGAGGGUAUACCAUAGAAGAGGUAUACAGUUAAACUAGGGUUAAAAGUAUAAACUAAUGUCCUCUCCACUCCAGCAUAAUGUUGUGAGCUAUCAAUUUCUUGUUACAUACAUAUGUUUUGUGUUAAUCCAAUACAGCAGAAAGAAAAAGUCUGAAGACACCGGGUCCAUCAGCUCCAACAAGCUUGCAGAGCAGAACAUUGACUUUGAGUUGGACGUCAAAGUCUUCAUUGACAGUGGCAAAUGUGUUCUGUACCCGAAGGAAGCCAAAGAGGAAGAAGUCAGAAAGUAAGGAUUAGUGCAGCAUUAACAAAUGUAGACAGUUAUUGGAAUAAUAUCUUUAAAAAAUAUGCACUAAUAAUGUCUCUUUAUUUUCUUUAACUGCAUUGAGAUUUUUUUUUAUUUUUUUUUUUAUUUUAUUUUUUUUUUUUUUUUUUUUUUUGGCUUUUAAUAAAUUGAUAAAAAAAAUUUGUUGUUACUGCUCAAAAUGAUUUGAUAUCUUUUACCAAAAAGAUUUGCUAAGAAAGAAAAACAGACAGCCCCUGAGCCCAACCUGCAGACAUCUCCUAAUGCCAAACGCAAGCUGAAGAAAGAAGCCUCUGGAGCUAGCAUCUCUAGUCAGAGGAAACUUUCUGUGAACCCUGACACCACCAUCUUUUUUGUUCCCAGUGUUGCUGUUAAGGUAAUUGUAAACUUUCAGUGUGCACCGACACAAGUGUUGCUGUUAAUGUAAUAACGUUUGGUACUGUAGGACCUUUUCUCAGGUGUGUUUCUAAAUGUCGCCCUUUCAAAAAACACCAUAUCCAAAACAUCCAUUCACUAACCACCAUUAACAAAUACUGAGAAGAUUAAACCUUAAAAAUUUUGUUAGUGAAAGAAGUUUACACAGCUCAUUCCCUUUUAUAUAAGAUGUAGUUUUAAAAUUAAUGAAUAGAUUAAAAUAUUUUUUUGUAUUAAUUUACUGUUUUGUGGUAUAUUUAAAAAUAUUGUAGAUACUGUAUUUAUUGGCGUAUAACACGCACCUCAAUUUAAGAAGGAAAUUUCAGGAAAAAAAACUAAACAUUAUAUCGGCGUAUAACACACACACAUCAUUUGCCCCCUAUUUUCAGGGAGAAAAAGUGAGUGUUUUACGCCAAUAAAUACGGUAAUUUUUGCCUCUGAAGGUUCACUACAAUUCCAAGACAGACCAUACAACAUACAUAUGUACAAACUCUACCAUAUAUGAAGAGCCAGAGACCACCACAGUGGGUGUCAGCAGACCACAUCCUUUUGUUCCCGAGAUAACCGUGACAAGCCCACCAUUCCAACAACCUUGUAAAGAUGAGUCCACAUUCUCACUGGACUCGGGCAGUCCGAGGAGGGCAGGCCAGCUGAAGAAGGCCAGUCUGUAUGCUUGGUUCACACUGCAGACCCUCCCCGAGGUGAGUCAGUUAAUUUCCUAACAAGACUGUCUACAUAGCUGGUGUUCUAGCUACAGAAUAACUUGCCAUAGCCUGGUGAUUUGUCUCAGCAUACUAUCUGGUUAUAUUUGGGUUUUUUUCAAUCACGGGAAAGGUCUAACUUUCAUCCCUCAUUAAUAUAUAUAUUUUUGUGUACACUUUAAUUAAUCAAGUGAAUUUUUUCUGUUGUUUAGGAAAUGAUAAUCAGCCCGACCUUUUUAGACUUCCUGGAACAAGCCCUUGAGCCCCUGCCCAUCACAACCAGCUCAUCCCCAUCUAUUCUAAAACGAGGUUUGUGGACAUGUCUUGACAAAUGACAGUUUUGAUCUAAGUAGAAAAUGUUAAUGCUUUCUUCCAAAUUAAUUUGAUUAUAUUAGUUUCAUCCAAAUUAACUUGUUUAUAUUAAUUUCAUCCAAAUUAACUUGUUUAUAUUAGUUUCAUCCAAAUUAAUUUGUUCAUAAUACUUUUUUUAGUGUUAUUUUGAUGAAUGAUUCUGAAAUGAAAUUUUGUUGUUUAGAUAUGAUGGACAGUCUUGUCAACAAUAUGGACCUGGAUGCAUCUCAGGGAUCCCUUGGGCAACAGUCCAUGGCUUUCUUCCCUGUGGAUGUGGUGGUACACAUUAAAGUAAGUCAACAAAUUUCCCUGUUAAUGUUGUGAUACACGUUUAUGUUAGUCAACAAUUUCCCUGUUGAUGUGGUGAUAUAUGUUUACGUGGGUCAACACUCGAUCUCUUGAUUAUCAAUUAUUUACACAUAUACUAGAACUGACAUAUUGGUAUUUUUUAACAAUUGCAGUAGGCUUACAUUGUUUUUCCCUCGAAAUCUGUUAUUAAAUAUGAUGGUCAAAACUAGAAGAAACAUUACUCACUGACUGUUUCAGGUUGACCCAUCAUUUAUCCGAUUCAUCUGUCACUUAACAUGUCUCACUGACUGUUUCAGGUUGACCCAUCAUUCAUCCGAUUCAACUGUCACCCAGUGUCUCGUGUGGAGUGCCUCCUGCAGGUGCCAUCCCUGGACUUGUAUUUCUCCACCAAGAAGACUGACAUCAAUGAAGGCAUGCUGCCUGACAACACACAGAUGCCAAAGUCUGGAAAAGGUCAGUUUGAUAUAUUUCAUAUAAAUCCCUCACUUAUUCAAUUUAGAUUUCUUUGGAAGAAAAAAGGAAUAGUCAUUUAUUUUUUACUGGGUAUUGUUAUAUAUAUAUAUAUAUGUAUAUAUAAGAAUGAGCUAGGGUAUCCAUGUAACACUAAAGAAGUUAAUUAAUUUAAAUACAUUCGGAUUCUAAAAAUGAUAGGGAUUUUCUAUUAUUUUACGGAAAUGGAAUAAAUUUAAAUGUGCAAAAAAUAAAAUAUAUCAGCUUUUAUUUUAGUAUAAACUUAAUUAUUAUUAUUAAUUCCAAAUACAUUUAAAAUAACAAUUUAAGAACUAUUUUAAGCAUUUUAUCCAAAUUUGAAAAUUAUUACAUAUUUUUUUAAUCAAUAAAUCAAAUAAUCUAAGAAUUAUUUUUAUUAAAUCAUAAGCAUAUUUAUUGGUAAAACCCAGAUAUCUGUUGUUUUUUUAGUGUUUUGUUAAUAUAGUGAAAUUAAAUUAAAUUUUUUUAAAUUUUAUCAAAAUGUCUUCAAACAAUAUCAAAUUAAAAUUUUCGAUUGAACUCAAAUAAAGAAAAAUUAUAUUAAUUUCAAAAGAGCAAAAUUUAAACUUUCAAAAGAAAGCUUUAAGUUUCUUUGAUUUAAUAACGGCAUGUGUGUUGCGUAAUGUUAUCAGUACGGAGAAAUUAAUCUCUUAUUUAAGUGUAUGGCUCGUUCUAAAACAGUCCACAAUAAAAGACAAUACCAUAAUGUUAAAAACAACAGCAAAGCAUACGAUACUCAAACCAGGGCUAAUUACAAUUAAUAAAUUUUGUUAUGUUACUUAUAAAUUAAAAAAACAAAAGAAAUAAAAUUAAAGCUGUUGACUCACAGUAUAAUGAUUGGGUUGUACCGGUACAGUGUCGAAGAAGAUACAAUGUUGUAAAAAUGUACAGUGAUGAAAAGGAAUCUACACACACACAAUAGUCAAAUCUCUAUCUCGUAUAGCAAAACAAUAGCACACGCUCAAAAUAACUCGUCUCUGAAUCUGCCUCCUGUUGCUCAAUCUCUCGGCUUUAUAUAGCCUGUUUCAUAGAUACUUCGAGAAGGACUACGCAUUGUAAUCGUCUCUCAAACCUUAUACAUAAUUCUACAAAAUUCUAAGAACAAACAGACCAUAGAUUGUAGUAAGUUGUAACCGAAGUCAAAGGGAGACUAUAUUUAGCAAGCCACUCCAUAUUAGCGAAGCCGAAUUGGGGUCAGUUUAAGUUCAUUCACCAGAAUUUUAGUAUACCAGUACCUCAAAAAAAGAGUAUCAAAACCCAACCUUUUUCUCACAUGAAAAUGUAAUCUUAAAUAUAGAACCAUAUUUUUUUUUUACUUGACCAUUCAUGGGCGUGAACAACGAUGGGUUAAGAUUUUCUUUCAAAAAAUGAAAAUAAAUUUGUGUUUUUACUUUGAGAAAAGUAAAGUGGGUGUAUAUUUUUAUGAGAUUGGUAACAUUUCGUUUUUAAAAAGAAAACAAUCAAAGCUGUUACAGACUUGAAAAACGGUUACGAGAUUCUUUGUUAGAUAAAGAAUUGUUUGUUUUACGACUUUCCGAUAAUAUAGUAGAAAAACAAGGUAAAAGUUUGGUUAAAUUUUUUAAUGAAGAUAUCAGUAUAUCAAAUUCGGAUAAUUUAGAAUAUUAAAAAAAUAUUUUACAUAAUUUCUUUGUAUAAAUUAAACUUCAUGUUUUACAAUUUUUAAAGAAAAGAAAUGGAGUUUAGGGGCAGAAAAAGGGGUAGGGCAGGUGGAUAUAUAGCAGAUAAAUAUUUCUCAAAAGUAAAUAAUGUUAAAAUCGUAAACAUCAUUACAAAUAUACUUCUUUUAAAAACAUUCUGAUGAGUUUUCUCGAAAGCAGGUAGAAAAUAUCACAAAAUUUCUGCUAUUUCUAUCGCUGUAACAUUGGGUCAUAUAUUCUAGUAUAUGAUAGGCAUUGACAUUGAAGCAAAUGAUUAUAAUUAAAUGAAUAUUCUAUAAGCCCAUCAAUUUUUUUAGAGUAUAAAAAUUCUUUAAAACAAAAAAUUGAAGUAAAAAAUCACAAAUUGUCUCAAACAUUAUUAGGGGUGACAAUUUAUUUUGUCUUGCUGUCUCUUUUAAAACAAAAAAUUGAAGUAAAAAAUAACAAAUUGUCUCAAACAUUAUUAGGGGUGACAAUUUAUUUUGUCUUGCAGUCUUUUAAACAAAAAAAUGUUAAUGUUUUAAAAUAUUUUAAUUGUAAAAUGAGAUGAUGCACACUUGUAAAGAUAAACAUGAAAUAAACCUUCCUUGACAACAUUGGUUUUCACAUUAAAAAUGUUUACAACCCACUGAUGCUAACUCAUGAAAUCCUGCUAAUGCUAACGAAUGAAAUGCUGCGAUGCAUCAUUCAAGUAUCAAAAAAUCGCAGAUUCUGGUAAGAAUCUUUUUGUGUGGAUUGCUGGAUGAUAUUUUGGAUCACAUCUUCUUUACUAAGAUAAAAGCCCCAAAAGCUUUUGUAGAAUGUGUACCAACACUUUGGUUCAAAACUGCUGCUUUACAACACCAAGCCAUUCAAAAUAAUGUGUUCUUGAAACAGGCCCUUGGUAGCUUUCUUGUAAUCCGUCAAAACCAUUUUCUUAUGACCUCAACACUUAUGUAGAUUUAUUUUAUGUGUGUCUAUUCUCAAGGGAUAUCAAAUAAAGCUUUAAAAAAAAAUGUGUCAUUUAAAUGCUAUGCUAUAUCUUUGUACAUAAGUGAAACUGUCUUCUCUAAACUUUUAUUGUUGAAUUGAUCUGUUCCAGCCAAGCCACCCCCUUCCAGCAGUGCUAACGCCCAGUCAUCAGCCAGAACCAGACACACCAGUGGCAUGUCUGACACUUCCUUCUACCCAGGCUCCAGCUCUGGGGGUCUGAGUGUCACAGGCUGCAUAUCAGACUUUUCCCUGUACAUAUUCCAUCCAUACGGGACCGGCGUGCAGAGGCGAUUUGCUGGAACCUCCGAUUCCCCAACAUUCAGGAGUCAACCUGGUUUAGGUAGGAGGUGGGGGGGAUAGGAGGGGUUUAGAAGUUAUGAGCAUUAUGUCAAUCGUUAUUUCAGCGGGGCAUUAUAUAGAUAUUUUUAUAAAUUGAAGUUAAGCUGAUUUAAUGGGGCAGUAAUAAUGAUUUGUUGCACUGUUUUGUAAUAUCAACACAUUGUUUAUUAGUUUGAGGUAAUCGGCUUUCAUCCAGUGUUCCAGGGCAAUUUUAAUGAUGUGUGGUCCAAUGGUAGAGAAAAUGUUUCAUUUUCAACAAGCUGAAAUUAAAUGCUGCUCUUCUUUUAUGUGAUAAACUAUUUCUCUCAUACAGAUCGUAUAUCUGAAAAUGCUGGCAGUGCCAUCCAUGAUAUGGGACGCCGUGACUCUCUGAGCUUGAACGUCGAAUUCAUACGCGUUAACAUUUCAAGGACUCGCAAGCUGGAACGCUACAGUGAACCUAAUGAAAACCCAGCAAAGGGAGAGCAGCAAACCAGAUCAAAUGCUGUCAGAUUUUCUGGUACAUGCAUUUUAUCUUAACCAAAUUUAACCUUACUUGAAUACAGAGACAUCAAAGAAAUAAAUAUUCUUCGGCUGCUGUGUUCCAACAUUUCAGAUUUGCAACUGUUAUGUACGAACCAAGUGUUAAUAUUGUCUUAUAUUUUUAUUUCACUUACUUACAGCCAAUCCUUCAUAUUUAUUUCCUUUAUUAGCAAGAAAAAAUAGUGAGUUUUGAGAGUAUGUUAAAAUAAUUUAUUCAAUUUUAAUUGUUGAAUGAGAAAAAUUGAACAUUUUGUAGCCGUCCUCUUUCCAUGACUGAGAAGUAAAAAUGUUUGACUUAUUGAUUGUCAAUUCAUUUGUUUUUCAUUGGUUUAAAAAAAAUGAAGACCUGUCAAAUAGUGUGACAGUUAUUGAACAUUCCCUGUUGGCACCAUUCAUUGUUUUCAAGCAUCAGAAUUGAUGUCAAUCCAAAUUAAGAUAAAAAAGACGGUAAGAAAAGAAUCAAUAACAACUUGUGAAUAAUUGUUGUGUCUGUCAUUGCAGCCAUCUGUGACGUCGGCACGGCGUCUUUCAAGUACGAUAUGCGACGGCUGUCUGAGAUCCUGUCCUUGCCUAAAGCUUGGUAUCGGCGAACUCUGGCGCGCCGCCUGUUUCUUGGUGACGAGAGCAUCAACCUUGCACAAGGGGAGGGUGAGUCUGGCAUGACUUCCUGUUUCGGAUCCGUUGACGUAACUUAGAACAUUCCUUCUGAGACUGUUUGCAUGACUUCCUCCAUUUUCUAUGAUCUCACCAAAAUCUGUUGUGUGUUUGUCGAUGAUGGCACUAGCUUUGUCAGAAAUAUGGCUUAUGAUUAUUGUAGACACUAGCUGAUGUCUUGGUAAGAGAACACCCUGAUGAAAUUUUUGCUACACCUUCACAAUGUUCAAAAGCUUAUCUGCUCAACUUUUCCUUAAACUAAAAAAGUUUUAAAAAAGCUUGUUAACUUGUGUAGUGUUUAAAUUAUUGUGGGUAAAACAACAUCCAUGAGGAUGUGUAAGAUAAGUCCUCUCUGGUCUGAUCUGAACUUUACUGUCAUGGUUUGAAAAAAAAAAAAAGAAAGAGAAAAUAGAGGUAUUGUUAGAAGAAUGACAAAUAUAUUUUGACUGUUUAAAAAAAUGAACAAAACUGAAAUUUUAAUCUACCACUUCAGUGCUUCACACUUUGACUGACUUGCAUUUCUCCAGACAUAAAUUGAAUACACUCAUGAGAAGUCAUUAACAAUCAUUAGUUUACAAAAAAGACACAUUCAUGGGCAGCACAUGGAAGCUUGUUUAUAAAGAAAUAUUUACAGGGAGUUCAGAUUUUGUAAAUUUUAUAUUUAUAAAUGAUUCUUCUUAAAUCAUCUUUUUAAAAAUUAUUUUGAGUCCACAAUGAUUUAGAUAGUAAAACAAAAGAGUGCUGUACCACUUGGUAAUGCCCUAUCAACACUGCAGCACACCAACACACAAAAAUCAACUAUAAUAAUCUGCAUGUUUGUGUAUGUGUUAACAAGCUAUCCUCUAAUGUGUAAUGCUGAAUAACUGUACAUUUAAAUUUUUAGUUACUUGCUUGUCUCAAAUAUUUUUCUGUUUAGAAAUCAAAGUUAUUGUUUUGAUAAUGUUGUUUUAGUGUCUUAGUGUCUUGGUGUCUGACUUCUUAUUUCCUGUCAUUAACUCUGCUGGUCAUUAGUUCAUAGUUGCUAAUUAAUUUAAUUAUAGAAAUAACCAGUCACUAGACUCAAUAUUAUUUUAAAUGUUCAGCUUUGAGUCCUGCAUUGGAUUGCACCCAUCAAAAUGUUCAUGAACUGACCAUUGACCAUUUCAGAACCUGAUUCCCUCACUUCCUUACCCGGCGACCAGCCGAAGCGUCCUUUGUUUAUGUCCCAAAACUCCUCGUCCCACCCGUCCCUCAAUGUGAUAAACACCCCAAAGCCUCUGAAAAAGCAUCACCGCCGCGGCUCGUCUGGCGACAAAGUUAGGAUCCAGCUCAGUCCAGAGUUUAAGACAGAAAUAGCCACCAGGAGAGGUCUGAACUUUUAUCAUUUUUUUCUUCCCUUGACAUUUUAAGACAGGUUAAAUGAAUUAAUUUUUAAAAAAGGCAUUAAAUGUCUUUGAGCUGUAAGGGCACCAUUGCAUGGGAGUACUGCAGGAAGUAAGCGCUAGGAUGUUGUAUCCAUAUCUUGCAUGCAUUGCUGUUUGCUGGCUUUCAGUCUUGAGUAGUAUGUUUGAUUUGGUAAAAAUGUGUUUUUUUUUUAAAAAUCUUAUGUUUAGUUGAGUAAAGUUUGCGGAAGCUGAAUCUAAUAUUAAUAUAAUUCCAGUGGUGUUUUCCAAAUGUAGUCUGCCCAUAAUUUGAGUACAAUUAUUUUAAAGAUGCAACAUGCAUCAUAUCCAUACAUGCCAACCUGCUGGGUCAAAAAAUGUACAAAAAAGUCACACAAAAACUGUACAACAGCAAGAAAACGUACAGAAAUUAUUUUUUGUUAUCAAUGGUUUGAAAUGAUGCAAGCUUUGGCUUCUUGAUAAUUUCUGGAUAAGUUUAAUAGCUCAAACAAGUUUCAUUGUUAAUUUUGCACUGUAAAACAAAUGGGAUUGCAAGACAUUUUGCUAUUGAGAUCUCUGUCCUUGUAACUUAAUCUGAUAGAUCUACAUAAUGAUGUAGAUAAAAAAAGGGUCUUGACAGAGGCAGCAUCUCCCUUCAUUGCCUCUAAGUUUCAUUUGUUCAACUAUGUUUUAAAAUGUGCAAUUAAGCAAGCACUUAAAUGAAUAUUUGACAAAAUCCUGUAGAACUGGGAAAACAUAAUUUUUUAUUUUUUUUUUAAACCUUUGCAACUGGAAAAAUCAUUUUUUUAAAUGUGCAAAGUAUGGGUAAACCUGGACAGGAAGGCAUGUAUGAUCAAAUCAUAGAAUUAAUUUUACAUGUAAUUUUAUUCAAAAUGAAAUCAGACUCAUAAAUAGGUCAUUAAAAUAUUAGAAUGGUAGCACAUGGGAGACAUCACAGGAAGGUAGCAUUACAAUCUUUGAAUGGUAGAACAUGGGGGGCAUCACAGGAAGGUAGCAUUACAAUCUUAGAAUGGUAGCACAUGGGAGACAUCACAGGAAGGUAGCAUUACAAUCUUAAAAUGGUAGCACAUGGGGGCAUCACAGAAAGGUAGCAUUAGUAUCUUAAAAUGGUAGCACAAGGGGGAGACAUCACAGGAAUGUAGCAUUACAAUCUUUGAAUGGUAGAACAUGGGGGGCAUCACAGGAAGGUAGCAUUACAAUCUUAGAAUGGUAGCACAUGGGGGAGACAUCACAAGAAGGUAGCAUUACAAUCUUAGAAUGGUAGCACAUGGGGGGAGACAUGACAGGAAGGUAGCAUUACAAUCUUAGAAUGGUAGCACAUGGGGAGACAUCACAAGAAGGUAGCAUUACAAUCUUAGAAUGGUAGCACAUGGGGGAGACAUCACAGGAAGGUAGCAUUACAAUCUUAAAAUGGUAGCACAUGGGGGAGACAUCACAGGAAGGAAGCAUUACAAUCUUAGAAUGGUAGCACAUGGGGGAGACAUUACAGCACCUGAGCAGAAUAUCACAGCAGAGUUCACCUUGUAUAGAAUUCUUUUUUAUUUUCAAUAAAAUGAGUUUGAUUGGCUCAAACUGUAAGCUCCUAUCAAGUCAGUUUGACAAUGAAAAAGUUCUAGUGAUGUGAAGUAAUAGCUACAGUGAUGUUCCUUGAGGUCAAAACAUUUGUUGACAUUUCAUCUUAUUCAUACUAGGUACUGAAAAUCACAUCAUCAGAGGAAACCAAAAGUAAUGGUUUCCAUUGUUUGUAAUACAUCACCAGCUUGGCACAGACAACAUUAAUAUUGGAAAAUAUAAUGGUUUUUUUUUUGUUGUUUUUUUGGGAAGGAUCAGUGCAAUCGCUGUACUUACAUUGGACUAACUCAGUGGUCGGCAAACUCAUUAGUCAAAAGAGCCAAAAAUCAGCAGCAGGAUGAUUAAAAAUUGUUUGAGAGCCAAAUUUCUUUUCAAGGACCUGUCAAGAAACGUGCUUUUCAGAGUCAAAACCGAUUUGUGGCAGCCUGGCCAAGCCACUUUCAGAUCGCUAAAGAUCCACAUGGGGCUUGCGCGAGCCACAGUUUGCUGAUCACUGAAAAUACUGAACAGACGACAUUCUUUUUAAUUGCGUCUGCUUAAUUUUUUUUUCGAAUUGUGUCUCUUAAUAUUUUUUUUAAAGAGGAGCUUUGAUAAUGUCAAUAAGAAGUUAAUGAAAGUAUAAUCAUAAUAAAAUAUCAGUUUCUUAAAAUGACAUAAUUCUCUAUACCAAAUAUUUGAUCAGGACGUAACACAUCACGAUCCCAUCAAGCACAAAAUGACCUGCCCAGUAGAGAAUCGUCUGCACAUCGCAAGAAAUCAAGAACCAUUUCAUCCCCUGACAUGCCACGCCACCGCCAUAGUAUUGCAGGGGGCAUAACUCCUGCAUCCAACUCUGGCUCUCCCACCACUCCGCCCAACAUCAGCAGCUCAUGGGAGACAUUGGUUCUCUUUGCUGUCAACCUGGCUCAGCUUAACCUGGAGGUCAACAUGGCCAAUGUCAUGGGCAAUACAGAGUGAGUUGAUGCACAAAAUGUUAGAUGCACAAGUUUGGACAGACAAAUUUUGACACCAUAGUUAGACGCACAAAUUUAGACAAACAAGUUUAGACAGAAAAAUUUACACAAAUAAGUUGAGACACACAAGUUAAGACACGCAAGUUUAGGAACACCAGUAUACUAGUAUGCAAGUUUAUACACACAAGUUUAAAUUAAAUUUUUAAAAUUAAAAAUACAUACAAGUUUAUACACAUAAAUUUAUAGACCAAGUUUGGUGAGUUAAUAGACACAAAUUUGAUAGGUUUAUAGACACAAUUUUUUGUGAGUUUAUAAACACAAGUUUGGUGAGUUCAUGGACACAAGUUUGGUGAGUUUAUAGACACAAGUUUGGUGAGUUUAUAAUAGACACAAGUUUGGUGAGUUUAUAAUAGACACAAGUCUGAUGAGUUUAUAGACACAAGUCUGAUGAGUUUAUAGACACAAGUUUGAUGAGUUUAUAGACAUAUUGUAAUUGAUUGGUAAAGAGAGCAAGAUUUGAUCAAAUGUAAAUGUAUACUCUUGCUUGUAACAUACAGUGCUAUAUUCAAUGCUGACUGAGCUGGUACAGGUAGACAGACAGCCACAGUUAUUGUUUACUUAGUAAUUCAAUCUAAUUCUCGGGUUGAGGAGAUAAAAUGUGUUAAUUGAGAGUUGUUCGACUUUGCAGAUGGAAAACCAAAGCCCUGAAGACUCAGGGGAGACUAUCCAUCAACAGCAGUGGGCACAAGAACCUGAAUAUUGAUGCAGGUUUCGGCAAAUCAUCGUUUGAAUCCAAGGGAGGCAUUGUGGGUGGCACCAUUGAUGUCAACAAUCUGAACGGCUUCUGUAAGUCUUAAGCUAGAAACAACCAAAUCUUUUUUGUGCAGCUGCAGCAGCGGUCAAUAGGACCCUUUACAAAUGAUUACUAAUUCUUGUUGAUUGAAAUCUUCAGCAGUAGGUGCGUACUGAAGUAUCAAAAAAUUUAUUUUUUAUUGAUCCUCUGUUUAAAUCGUAAAGUUUAAUUUCCAACCAAAUAGGUCAAUCUCUUGCAACUAUUCCAGUAAUGAGGGCCAUAAUCUGGUAGAUGAGCCACAAAGAUUCUUACAACAUCAACCUUAAUGAAUUUGUUCGUACAUUAUCAUCUAAUUUUUAUACACCACAUUAGCAAUAAAUGUUCAUUGUACUCUGUUACCUAUCAUCUGCUGAUCAUGGAGGACCCUGGCAUCUUUUUGUUGACACAGUAUUCCAUGUAUUCAUGGAUAUCUCCUAUGAACUCUGUCAACAGUCUCAGUCUGUGAAGACCCUGACCUUGGCCGAGACCCUGACCACCAGGCAGGCCUGAGUACGUCUGUGGUGGAGACCAAGUUUGACUACAUGGGAUCUUCUAUCAUCAUGACAAGACUGAGUCAUCUCCACCUGCUACUGAAAGAUGAGUGGCAUGUGGACACCAACUCUGACCUGGACACGCCUCUGGCUACUAACAGGUACUGUGCCCGCCUCUGGCCACUAACAGGUACUGUGCCCACCUCUGGCCAGUAACAGGUACUGAACGCUCCUAUGGCCACUAACAGGUGCUAUACCCUCCUAUGGCCACUAACAGGUACUGGACCCACAUAUGGUCACUAACAGGUGCUAUACCCUCCUAUGGCCACUAACAGGUUCUGGACCCACAUAUGGUCACUAACAGGUGCUAUACCCUCCUAUGGCCACUAACAGGUGCUAUACCCACCUAUGGCCACUAACAGGUGCUAUACCCUCCUAUGGCCACUAACAGGUGCUAUACCCUCCUAUGGCCACUAAUAGUUACUGGACCCACAGCUGGUCAUAGGCUGGUACUAUACUAUGCUGUGGCCUUUAACAGGUACUGGACCCACAUCUGGCCAUUAACAGGUGCUAUACCCUCCUAUGGCCACUAACAGGUACUGGCCCCACAUAUGGCCAAUAACAGGUACUGGACUGACAUCUGGCCAUAAGCUGGUACUAUACUAUACCCUGGCCUUUUAACAGGUACUGGACCCACCUCUGGCCACCAACAGGUACUAUACCCUCCUAUGGCCGCCAUCAGAUACUAUACCCACCUCCUGCCUUAAACAGGUACUGGAGCCAUCUCUGGCCACUAACUGGUACUGGACCCAUCUCUGGCCAACAACAGGUAGUGGACCCAACUGUGGCAACUAUCCUGUAGUCUACCCUGUAGUCUGACCAAGUAUUGUGUUGUGGCUGUCCAACGGUUGAGUCUAAUAGUUUAAGAAUUAACAAAAAUUGAAAAAAAUGUAUGUCCCAUUUUUUUUAUGUCCAUCCAAUGAUAUUAAUUUGUAGAAUUACUUGUUCUUUAUAAUGGUUUGGCGUCCUGUAUUUCUACAAGGUUAUCAAGCAGAAAGGGAUACAUUUAUAACAAAAUUCCACUCUAUAGCACUCUGGCAAGACUAAAUAGUUAACCUACAGUUGAUUGUUACGCAAUUGAUUGACACUGUGAUUUGUCUAACCAAAUUUUUUACUGCUGAGAAAUUUUCAAAAACUCUUUAACCUGUGCCUAGUAGGUGACAGCACAGACAAAAACUCUUUAACCAGUGCCUUGUAGGUGACAGCACACACAAAAACAACAGUACCACUUUGUUCCUAGCAUACAUUAAUGACCUACCGGAGAAACUGACAUCACAGGCAAGACUGUUUGCAGAUGACACAGCAGUGUAUAGGACGAUCGCCAACAGAUCUGACCAGGACCAGCUACAACAGGAUCUCAAUCUGUUAGCUGAGUGGGAGAUGAGCUGGGACAUGGAAUUUCACCCUGCCAAGUGCCAGACACUAUCAAUCUCUAGAAGUUGUACUCCUCUACACUACCAAUACAAACUGCACGGCCAUAUUCUUGAGCAAGUUUCCUCCGUAAAGUACCUGGGUGUUACCAUUCAAAGAGAGGUCCGCUGGGACGAGCAUAUUAACAAUGUAUGUAACCAAGCAAACCAAGCCUUGGGGUUCUUAAGGCGAAAUCUAAAGAUUGGCAACUCCUGUGUGAAAGAAAGAGCAUAUAAAGCCUUUAUCCGUCCGAUUUUAGAUUAUGCAUCUUCAGUCUGGGACCCAUUUACCCAGAAGAGCAUUGACAGGUUGGAGGCGGUCCAGCGACGAGCAGCACGCUUUGUCCUAAACCGCUACAGGAAUACCUCUAGUGUUGGCAGCAUGCUAGAAACACUAGGCUGGUCACCAUUGGAGAAACGACGACGACAAUCCAGGCUCUCCAUGAUGUACAAGAUAAAUAAUGGGCUGGUCCACUGUUCCAGUAUUAAACAGAAACUCGUCCCUCUCCCCCAUAGACAGCGACGAGGCCAUGACAGGCAAUUCAGGCUCAUACCAGCAAGAAGCCAGUAUAGGAGCUGCUCAUUCCUGCCCAAGACAAUCAGGGACUGGAACCAUCUUUCAAAAGGAACAGUUGAGGCGACAACACUAGACACAUUUGUGUCUAUUGCCUCAAGCCUUCAAACCCCUAGUGCAUAAUUUCCUCAUCACCACCAGUAACAGAAACAUUGCAAAUCCCAUCUACAUGCAUAGGAGCCAAAAUGAUCAAUAAAUUGAUCGUGGGCCCUUAGGAUAUAGAAGAAGAAGAAGAAGGAGAGUACUUAACGACUUUUCAUUUCUCUUUCACAGAUCAGCAUUUUUAUUUGUGAAUGGCAAAUUGUCCUGGUCCCAUUUUCACCUCAUGAUCUCCCGGUCGACGACCCCUGACCUCAUUAAAAUCAUCUCCAAGCUCGAUGAGUUUUUCACACAGCAAGUGAUGAGUGGUCGCAGGGUGUUCCAGCAUCCAACAGCAUUUAGUGGCAGCGCACAAAAUAAGUUACCCAGGAAAAUUUCAGAGAGUGGUAUGCAUGUUAUUCAGAGAGUGGUGUGUAUGUCAUUUCAGGGAGUGGGGUGUAUGUUAUUUCAGGGAGUGGUGUGUAUGUUAUUUCAGGGAGUGGUGUUUAUGUUAUUUCAGGGAGUGGUGUUUAUGUUCAAAACAACCGACUGAAGUGAUCAGAAUAUGUUAACAAAUUAGAGCUAGAUGUACAAAGUGAAAUUAGUGAAGAUAGCAUCUUAAUGCCAUUAAGACUUGAAGCUAGGAAAAUAUAGAUUUUUAUUUUCCACUUUAAACUGUUUUUUCCCCGUUAAUUAAUAAUUUUAAUUAAAAUGUUAAUUGUUAAAACCUUUCUGCUUUACUUACAGCUCACUCACAACAGAAUACAGAUUUCUGCCUUACUUACAGCUCACUCACAACAGAAUACAGAUUUCUGCUUUACUUACAGCUCACUCACAACAGAAUACAGAUUUCUGAUACACUUGCCAUGCUUUAUAAAAAUAACUGAUUAUUAUUUAGUUAAAUUCAUGCACAAACUGAAAGACGGUAAUAAUGGAUUUUUUCCUUCUUUCAGCUGUAAUGGAUGAACUGCGCCAUCACCGCCAUUGGCAGAGUGCACUUGAACAUCUGAUGGGCUACCAGUUCUCAAUGCUGCCGUCGGUGUUGCCCCCGGAAGGAAUGGUGUUGGGAGGGACCAUGACUUUGGAAGGUCAAGGUCUUAUGCUGGCCUCCUUUCAUGGGGUGAACUUCCGAGCCAAAUAUUGGGCCUUGUUCAACAUUAAAGACCCAUACAUUUACUUCUCAACUGAAGCUCAGAAAAUCCCAGAAGGAGGUACGUGAAGUAGAGAUUAGUAAGGACCAUGUAUUGUAUAAUUAUAUAAAUAGAUGAUUGAAUUUGUUAUAUUAGACUGUAUCAUUGGAUUGUAUAAAUGGAAUAGUUUGAUUGAUGUUAUUAGACUGUAUCAUUGGGUUUUAUAAAUGGAAUCGUUUGAUUGAUGGUAUUAGACUGUAUCAUUGGGUUGUAUAAAUGGAAUAGUUGAUUGAUGGUAUUAGACUGUAUCAUUGGGUUGUAUAAAUGGAAUAGUUGAUUGAUGGUAUUAGACUGUAUCAUUGGGUUGUAUAAAUGGAAUUGUUUGAUUGAUGGUAUUAGACUGUAUCAUUGGGUUUUAUAAAUGGAAUCGUUUGAUUGAUGGUAUUAGACUGUAUCAUUGGGUUUUAUAAAUGGAAUAGUUGAUUGAUGGUAUUAGACUGUCCCAUUGGGUAGUUUAAAUGGAAUCGUUUGAUUGAUGGUAUUAGACUGUAUCAUUGGGUUGUAUAAAUGGAAUAGUUAAUUGAUGGUAUUAGACUGUCCCAUCAUUUGAUUGAUGGUAUUAGACUGUCCAAUUGGGUAGUUUAAAGGGAAUCAUUUGAUUGAUGGUAUUAGACUGUCCCAUCAUUUGUUUGAUGGUAUUAGACUGUCCCAUCAUUUGAUUGAUGGUAUUAGACUGUCCCAUCAUUUGAUUGAUGGUAUUAGACUGUCCCAUCAUUUGAUUGAUGGUAUUAGACUGUCCCAUUGGGUUGUUUACUGUAUUCAAAGUUUAAGAUUAAACAUAUUAAUAAUGAAAGACUUUAUCAAAUCAGCCAAGCAUUAAAGAGAAAUUUAUUUUUUUCUUCUUCACUCAGGAACUCACAUUGUGCAGGACCUGCAGUUUAUUGUGGGACAACAGCAAGGGACACAGCCGACAGGGGUAACAUCCCCUCAAGCCAUCCACAACCACAUGGCAACCAUUUGUAAAAUCACCCGCACUCACCACAUGCCACCAAACUUUACGUCUGUGGAUGAGUGGUUCUCAUACGCCAUGACUUCAUCAGCCACGGAUCCUAAAAGUAAAAGUUUUACAUACUUACCCUCAGUUACUAGGACCUUGUGCUAGCUAUACUUUUCUAUUUACUUAGACCUUGCGCUAGCUAUACUUUUCUAGUUACUUGGACCUUGUGCUAGCUAUAGUUUUCUAGGUACGAGUACCUUGUGCUGGCUAUACUUUUCUAGUACUUGGACCUUGUGCUAGCUAUAAUUUUCUAGUACUUGGACCUUGUGCUAGCUAUAGUUUGCUAGGUACGAGUACCUUGUGCUGGCUAUACUUUUCUAGUACUUGGACCUUGUGCUGGCUAUAAUUUUCUAGUACUUGGACCUUGUGCUAGCUAUAAUUUUCUAGUACUUGGACCUUGUGCUAGCUAUAGUUUGCUAGGUACGAGUACCUUGUGCUGGCUAUACUUUUCUAGUACUUGGACCUUGUGCUGGCUAUAAUUUUCUAGUACUUGGACCUUGUGCUAGCUAUAGUCCCUUGUGCUAUGGAUGGGUAGUUACUUGGACCUUGUGCUAGCUAUAGUCCCUUGUGCUAUGGACGGGUAGUUACUUGGACCUUGUGCUAGCUAUAGUCCCUUGUGCUAUGGAUGGGUAGUUACUUGGACCUUGUGCUAGCUAUAGUCCCUUGUGCUAUGGAUGGGUAGUUACUUGGACCUUGUGCUAGCUAUACUUUUCCUUUCAAACGCAUUUAUUUGUAUGGAGGGCUUUUUACAGAUUUUAAUCCUACUAAUAUUUGAACCCAUCCAGUUGUGACAGAAUUUCCUGGUGUUCGUCUUGAAGAGGAAGGGGGUAGAAAGUUCAGCAAGGUCAAGGCUGCCUACUACAGUCACGAGACAGAAGUCAUCUUUGCCUUCCCUUCCAUGUACAUGAACCUAAAGACGUCACACUUUCAAGGAGAGAACCCCCCAGAGGAAAAUGGUAAAUAGCACGUUCUUUGUCUCGCUCUGACCUUUCUCACUGCUAUGGGUAUGUUGUUGGGAAGAGUCCUUAUGUUUGCAUUUGAAGUAUUUGUCAGCUUGUUUCAAGCUGGUCUGUUCCCCAUGUCAGUGCUGAGUUGAUCUCACUUCUAGAAUGUAGAGGUGGCCAGCAUCUUUGUGACACUAGUUUUUUAACAUGACGUGUGUAAAGAAUGUUAGAAAUAAUUGAAUUAAAGAAUUGGAAAGAGUAGACAAUUUCCUAUUCUGAAAAUGCAAAAGUCUACUAAAGGUUAUCUCUCUUAGUGUUAAUUCCUGAUCAACAAAUUAUAAUUACGUUAUUUUAAUAUUCACAAAUUAAAUUCCAGUUAUUUGCCUUUAUACAGACCCCCUUGCUUGUGUACAUACCCGCUGCUUGUGUACAGGCCCCUUGCUUGUGUACAGACCACCUUGGUUGUGUACAGAACCCCUUUGUUUUUGUACAGCACCGCUUGCUUGUGUACAGACCCCCUUGCUUGUGUACAGCCCCACUUGCUUGUGUACAGUCCCCCUGCUUGGAAAAAUUUGACUUUAAACUGAGUGCUUGGAGCUGGGGAAAAAAAUAAUUUUUCUAACUAUUUUAUAUGAUUUUUUUUGUGUGUGCAGAAGACCGUCCAGCGGUAGAGUGCAGCUUUGUAGCAGAGUUUUAUGAUCACAUCUACGUGGCCAUGGAUGCCGAGGUUAUUCUUUUCCUCCAUGAUCUGGUUUCUUCAUACAUUAGAGAGAAAGAUCGGGGUAGGCAAUCUUUGAUUGAUCUGCAUUUUGGCAUAUUUAUUGACAACAUCCGUCUCUAUUCAAACACUCAUGCACAUAUAACAACAACAAAAAACAUACACACAUUUACUAAGUGACUAGAUACUUAGGUCAAUUAUGUCAUCACUAUUUGCUCAAGAACUUGGUCUUAAACUAAUUUUUUUCCCCUCUCUUAAUAAGAGGUUUUGACUGCAAGUAAAGCUUUUAAGUAGUUUAAUGAGACACAUACAAUUUUUGUAAAAUGAACAAUAUGUGUAAAGAUCUAAUUAUGAUUAAAUAAUUUACGAAUUCAAACAUUUUUGCUCUCUUGUAAGCGCCUUUUAACAACACUGGGAUGAUUUUUUGCUGUUUUUUACUGCGGCACUGGGAUGGCUUUUACUGCGGCACUGGGAUGGCUUUUACUGCGGCACUGGGAUGGCUUUUACUGCAGUAUGAAAAUUUACUGAAAUGAGAAUUAAAUAACACAAAUGAAAUAUUUCAGGCUCGGUUGGUCGAUCUUCUGGAACCAAACUGGCCAAGUCUGAGCCCAAACUUUCUGACCCCACAUCUGCAUUAAAACAUGAUUAUAGGACGUUUGAGUGCAAGACUUGGCAACUGGAACCAACACUCAGGUAGGCCUAUUUCAGUGGUUCUGUCUCAUUUAGGUCUGUCUCAGGUAUGUCUGCCGCAGGUAGAUCUCAAUGUAAUUAAUGGUUACAAUUGUGUAUGUAUGUAGCGUAUUGUUGCACUUGUGUCUCUAUGGAAUUUAUUGUUACGCUUGUGAAUGUAUGUAGCGUAUUGUUGCACUUGUGUCUCUAUGGAAUUAAUUGUUACACUUGUGUAUGUAUGUAGCGUAUUGUUGGACUUGUGUCUCUAUGGAAUUAAUUGUUACACUUGUGUAUGUAUGUAGCGUAUUGUUGCACUUGUGUCUCUAUGGAAUUAAUUGUUACACUUGUGUAUGUAUGUAGCGUAUUGUUGCACUUGUGUCUCUAUGGAAUUAAUUGUUACACUUGUGUAUGUAUGUAGCGUAUUGUUGCACUUGUGUCUCUAUGGAAUUAAUUGUUACACUUGUGUAUGUAUGUAGCGUAUUGUUGCACUUGUGUCUCUAUGGAAUUAAUUGUUACACUUGUGUAUGUAUGUAGCGUAUUGUUGCACUUGUGUCUCUAUGGAAUUUAUUUUUACGCUUGUGUAUGUAUGUAGCAUAUUGUUGCACUUGUGUCUCUAUGGAAUUUAUUUUUACGCUUGUGUAUGUAUGUAGCAUAUUGUUGCACUUGUGUCUCUAUGGAAUUUAUUGUUACACUUGUGACACUAGUAAUUUGUUGUUAAACAUGUGUCUAUUGUAAUUUAAUGUUACACUUGUGUCUCUAUGUAACUUAUUGUUACACUUGUGUUGCUAGUAAUUUGUUGUUACACUUGUGUCUCUCAGACUGAUCCACUGGGCCAGCACCCAGAUUGACCCCGUAGGAGCUGACUACGUCCUUCAGAAGCUCGGCUUCUCACAUGCCAGGGUCACCAUCCCCAAGUGGGUCCAGCGAGGGUUCAUGGAUCCACUGGAUAAAGUCCUGUCUGUGCUGGUGGACAAGUUGAUCACGACACUCCGAGACCAACAGAGCAGUGGCCUGACUGAGGACUCAGCCGACCAAGACCAGACUGAGAAGUCAAUCACUGUGUCACAAACUUCAGACAAGACAGUUUAAAACUGAGGGAGACUGGCAGUGUCAGGAUGAAAUGACAUUUAGGUACAAGAUGAGGGAAACUGGCAGUGACAUGAUGAAAUGAUAUUUGGGUACAAGAUGAGGGAAACUGGCAGUGACAUGAUGAAAUGACAUUUGGGUACAAGAUGAGGGAAACUGGCAGUGACAGGAUAAAAUGACAUUCAGGGUAUAAGAUGAAGGUAACAAAGGUGUCAGUAUGAAAUGACAUUCAUGACAUAAGAUGAGGGUAACUGCAAGUGACAGGAUGAAAUGACAUGCAGGGUAUAAGAUGAUGGAACCUGAAAGUGUCAGGAUGAAAUGACAUGCAGGGUAUAUGAUGAGGGAAACUGGCAGUGACAGUUUAAAUGACAGUUGGAAUAACAAAUGACUCUUAAUGUCUCUAAGUUUUCAAACUCACUGACCUGUUAGCUCUUGCCAUACAUUUCAAAGUUGACUAAAUGACACUGUCAUUGUUGACUAUGACACUGUCAGUGUUGACUAUGACACUGUCAGUGUUGACUGAAUGACACUGUCAGUGUUAACCGAAUGACACUGUCAGUGUUAACAAAUGACACUGUUGACUGAAUGACUUGUGGUCACUGUGUACUUAAUACAGUAUUAUACACACUUUGUUUGGACUGAAUGACACUGUCAGUGUUAACUGAAUGACACUGUUGACUGAAUGACAUGUGGCCACCAUGCACUUAAUGCAGUACUAUACACACUUUGUCUGGACUGAAUGAGACUGUUGACUGAAUGACAUGUGGUCAUCUUGUUCUUAAUGCAGUACUGUACACACUUUGAUUUGCUUCAAGUUUUCGUUGAUUUUUUCCUGAUUUUAUUUAUGACUGUUUAUGAAAAUUGCUUCCUUGGAUGAUUUAGCAGAUACACAAGUAAUCAGCUCAUCAAUGUGUGGACAAGUGUAGGGAGUUACAUACACACACACCCCUCCCACACCCCUCCUCAUUUACAAAGUCUUGCCAAUGGGAAACAUUCAGCCAUUCCACUUUUGAGAUAGAAUUGCGCCCAAUCUUACCCGAUCUUUAAAAAAAAAUAAUUUGUUUUGUGUUUCAUUGCUCAAUAACCUUGAACUUGUUGCAAUACUAAGUUUUAAAAACUUUAUUUACAAAGUUGUGUUUAAAGAUUUGUUUAAUGUAUCUCUGUUUAUUCAAUGAAAUUACUAGUUGGAUUCCACCACUUAUAGUGUCACCUAUUAAUCAAAGUCUUCAUGAACAGUAACAGAAUGUUUAGAUCUAGCGAGCACCAAAUUUCUUUUUGUGUGUAAUAAAUAAAUCCUCGUCUAAAGUUGAUAUUAAAUCUGGCCAACCAUCGUCCAUUAAAUUAAUGAAGAGCGUCUGUAUUCGGCCGUGUUGAUUCAGCAGUAUGAUUUGUUGACGUGGCACACGUACGCCUAUUUUUACUGGUUAAAUAAUUCAUCAUUUUUACAAAUACUCUAUUGCGCUUUGUCCUGAAAGAACAAAGUUUUCAUCAUGUAUAACCAAUGCUAUGGUGACAGAUGCAAGUGCAGAUUAUUUCAGUCUUUUUUCAUAUUAAAAUAUUAUGUGAGAGUGGAUUAAGUGAGGCUUAAUGAACCAAGUCAUUCUACAUAGACAGGGUUUCCGGUGUUUAAAGGCUGUGGGAAUGCUGUGUUCUAGAAAUUGCUUGAUUUAAUAUUAGACUCUAGGUCAUUAUGACAUGACUAUUUAAAUUUGUGCAAUCUUAUGCUUUGUAAAAAAAAAUUUAUACACUGAAUGGAUUCAAAGUAAGUGAUAAUUUUAAAUAUUUAAAAAAUGUGAAUCUUCAUGUUAACAGUUGCUUAUUUUUUUGCGGGGUUGUCUUGUUAGGAUUUAUUGUAGAUAUUUC